CCACAUGGUCUCAUUGUUCAGACCAGAGAAACUUCAAGGAACAAACAAAGCUUUUAGAAGAACAAAAAAAAACACUCUCAAAACAAAGCUUCUUCAUCUAAAGGGUCACUAACCAAACAUCAAAGAUUCAAUCUUUUGUGAUAAAUCUUCCAAAGUUGGAAUUUUUUUGGUGGGUUUUGUUGAAAAUGACUAGUUUACCUAAUACUUCGUCUGAUGGCCGGAGAACCGCCGGUAAGGCGCCGGAGAAGUUCAAGUUUUCACAGACUUGUAGUCUCUUGAGUCAAUUCUUGAAGGAGAAGAGAAUUUCUGGUGAUUCUGCUUCUGGAAUGUUUGGGAAAAUUGACCCUAAAGUAGGUGCUAAGGAUUUGUUUGGCAAUAUGCAAAACUCAGAAGGUGGUUUGAGACUAAAUGCUUCAGCUAUGGAUUCUCUUCCUCAGCUUGUGGAAAAUCCUUGCAUUAAAAGGUCUAAUACAAGAUCAACUACAGCUCCUGAAACGCCGCAAUUGACAAUCUUCUACGCCGGGAAAAUGUUAGUAUUCGAUGCUUUCGCGCCCGCGAACGCAACCGAGAUCAUGGAAUUGGCGACAAAGUUAGCCUCUGAAAAUUCAAACACAGAAGAAAAUCCCCCCUCUGCACUUGUCACAAGUGAAAUAUCAAAACCAAAAUCAAAGGAAUCCCACCAAAUUCCUCAACCAAACACUACAGCCUUAGAAACAUCUAAACCAGAAAACCAAACCAAUUGUUCAGAUAGUAUGAGAUAUCCAAGAAGAGCCUCACUUCUUAAAUUUCUUGAAAAAAGAAAAGAAAGGGUCAUUGCUAGAGGACCUUACCAAAUUUACAAUCACAAAAAUGAGGGUAAUAGUACUUCAGGAGGUGAACCUAAAGAUCAACAACACUUUGACCUUAACUUAUAGGGAUUUAAGUUCAUUAUGACCUUAACUUAAGGCACUUAGAAGAAUGUUUUAGCCUUCAUAUAUAGAUUUAUAAGAGAUCAUUUUUAUAUAUAUUUGUAUGUAUUAUUUUUGUCAAUCAAUUAGGUCCAAUGUUUUCGCAUCA